UCAAUAAUCAAACUCUGCAUUCAACACCCAAAUCUUUUCUCCCCCAAACCGGAAAAAUCUUUCCAAAUGGGUUGUGUUUCAUCGCAUUUGCUGAAUCAUGAUGAUGAUUUCACCCAAAUCGGUACCUCCGCCUUCAGCCACCAUAUCGUCUCUCUCACCUCCACCACUUACGGCCUCUUGACCCUCGACCCAUCAUCUUCUCCGACAACCGUGCCUCCUACUCCGCCACCACGCUUCACCCUCGGCUCAAUCUUCCCCAGCCCGCUCUCUGAACCGAGAUCCGACCCACCGCCUGAAGUCAUCAACUCAUGGGAACUCAUGGCUGGUCUCGAUUCCACCACCGAAAGCUUCCGUUUCUCGCCACAACCCUCUAAACCAUCCCCAUUCAGAUACGCCCUUCUCGAUAAAGAAAACCUAAACCCCGCUACAGAAAACUCAAACCCUAAACACAAAAACCCGAUCUCUAUAAAACCCAUGCCGACAAAACCCGUUUUCCUAAAUGGGUUUGAAGAGAUAUGCCCGCCGAAGGGAGAGAACAAGAUAGUGAUCUACACGACGACAUUGAGAGGGGUACGUAGGACGUUUGAGGCCUGUAAUGCCGUCAGGGCGGUGCUCGAGGGAUUUGGGGUGUUUUUUUGCGAGAGAGAUAUAUCAAUGGAUCGAGGUUUUAGGGAUGAACUUUGGGAGCUAAUGAAGGGGAAAGAUAAGCAAGAAUUGGUGCCACCAAGAGUGUUUGUAAAGGGGAGGUAUGUGGGUGGAGCUGAUGAGGUUUUGAAGAUAGUAGAAGAUGGGUUUUUGGGGCAUUUACUUGAAGGUUUGCCUAAAUUGAAACCUGGGUAUGUAUGUGACGUUUGUGGUGGUGUAAGAUUCUUGCCAUGUUUAACCUGUAAUGGAAGUUGUAAGAUGUUGAUGGUUUUGAAGAAAGAGAUGGAUGGAAAACAAUUGGGAACGACUGUGACUGUGAAAUGUUCUGAUUGUAAUGAGAAUGGACUGGUCCGUUGUUCCAUUUGUAGUUGAUCUUGAUCCAUCAUCCAAUUCUGGUUUGUAUUUCAUAUUUAUCCUUUCUUUUUUAGGUUAACAAUCUAUAAAUAAAUUCAAGAUAGUAUCUUGUGAACAUGUAACUAGUGGGAAAUCUAACCAAACUAUCAU